AUGAUGUCCCCUCAAGCUGAAGCUUUCGACGGGGUGGAAUGGAGGACAGUUACGGAAGACGCACCUGUACAAGAUCUUAGGCAAGUACCAAGAAAAAGGCGUGGAACUCACCGAGUGCUGCGCGUGCCCCUUGUGGCGCUCGUCGGGCUUGCUGUAGCGCUGUCCAUUUUUUCAUCUGCUCGUCUUGUCGGCUUACAGCGGUCUGUAGGAGGGCAUGCCUGGUGGCGGCUAAGAGAACUUGUCUUGAAAGGAUAUUUUUCUGAGGAAGGCGAGGCAAAAGCGAGCGAUCAGCGCCAGCCAGUGCCACCAGCGGGGCCUCGGAAGACCCCAAGCACGAGAAACACUGGAGGAAAGGCGAGCAGUGGUCCCCAGCAGCAGAAACCCCCAAAGGAUGUACAGUCUUCUCCAAAGACUGAGAAAAAAAAGAAAAAGAAAGUUCCACCGGCUGAGCCGACGCCAACGCCUGCGUUAGCGACUGGCCCUGCGGAGCCUGUGCCAUCGACUUCCUCGGGACCUGCAGCCUUACCAUCCGCUCCACGAGCGGAAGAAGAAAAAAAGCAAUUAGAGCAAAUGCCGUCUACCUCUGGAACUUCACCGAGCUCAGCAGCACAAACAAUAGCUCCAGUGGUUAUGAUGGGGAAGGAGUUGAUUGACGCGCUUGCGCAUGAGAUGGCAAACGGCGUGCCUGUGGAUGCCCAAAUGAGGAAAGUGGAAGCUAUAAAGGUGGCCUCAAGUAACACAUUGCACUGUGCUAGAGAAGCGGAACCGAAUGCAAGUAAAAGCACAGUGGAUUCAUUCGCUCGUCUUUUGCGCGACUUGUCACAGAGGUUCACGAGUGAAUCAAAUACGGCGUCAGCGCUACUAGCUAGCCCUGAUUUGAACUUCCAACAAGACGCCGUUCAAGAAAAGCUGCACCACUUGUUUUCGGAAAGGAAAGAAAUGUCUCCUGUACAUGCCUUCCUUAAAUCUUGUGAGAAGGGAGCGGGACAGCCAGUUCCAGAGUCGUCGUUGAGCUCGAGCAUGCAGGACAACAUCGUCAAUCACAUAAUAUUCCUGCAGUUGGCGCUUGACAAUGCAGAGUUGCUUUUGGAAGAAUUCACAAAAGAUCAUUCAAAUUCUUCACGGGACAAGCUGCAAGGUGCCGUCGAAAUGAUGAGUUCUGUUGAAGAACAAAUAGACUCGUUGCUGCAGUGGCUGCACGAAAAUAAUCAGGAGGCUGCCGCACAAGUGAUAGAUUGGUAUGAGGCUGACGUAAAGCAAUGUGUGAAGUACGCCAGAGAGACACUGGCGCAUGAAUCUGAGACCUCUGAAUCCGCAGAAUUACCUCUUGAGCCUAGAUCUCCAUCUCCUACAGAAAGGUUUACGUCUGAUCACGUGGUUAUUCAGUCACUGCUGGAAGCGGCUGCUGCAUUAAGAAAGACGCUAAGCGAAUCCGCAGGCGGUUUAAGUGUUGGGGCCCUCGCGCAACUGGAGGUGCAGAUAAACGAUGGCACAUCCCUAAUUGAAGAUGCUCGGCAGGCUAUUACUGAAUCGGACGUUGCGCAGCACCUCAUACCUGAAGUCAUUGAGUGUAUCUGUGGUCUCAGUGAUGCCAUUGACGAAGCCCGUAAGACGUUGGAGAGAUCAAAAACCUGA